CUCAUUUUGAAUCAACAAAUGUAGGCAUUUUUUGUUUUCAAAACAUUAGCGAUGGAGCUGGAUUCAAAUAACAAAAUAGUAAACGUUACAAGCACUACGGAUUCAUGUGUACCUUUUUCUGAUGUCGCAGUUAUUGCUAAAAGAUGGAUGAUUGACUUCACUUUUCUCAGUUUGUGUAAAUUCUUCAAAGAGCAGAAUUUCAAAGAAUUCAACCAAGCCAUUUCGACGCUGGAAGCAAUUUUAGAUGGCAUCCCCCACCUUAAACACGAACAGAAACAGAAAAGGCUGGUAUGUGGCUUCCUGUCACGGGUAAUGCACGGUAAACAUUUGGACAUCACCUUUGACCGAGACGAGCGGUUAACCCCGUUGAUGUCAGCUGUCGGUGUCUGGGCGUCGUUGAAUGAGACUGUGGCAGACGACACGCUGUUCCGGCACGUCAGCAACCUGCUCUAUGUUCAGUGUGUAGCUGUGUGCCUGGACAAGGGGAAUGUGUCCAUGGCUUCCUCAGCUCUCCAGUGGCUGGAAGAGGACUGUCAAAUCCCACAGAACUUGACCAUCAAGCUCUCCAUGAUUGUCAGUAAGAGAGACACCUACCACCCGUUCCUACGCAACUUCAGCUGGCCUCGUCUGCUGGAGAAGAUCCACACCUUCCUGGACACUUUCCUGGACAAACACCCCUCUGACUUCCUGUUUCAGGCUGCCACCAAGGUGGUUCAGGUGUCCGAGGAGAAGGGGGCGCGGACGGCGGAGGAAUCGAAGGAUCAGGAGUCAGACCUCACCAGCAUCUCCUCAGAACACUGCAAAGACAACGAGGAAACUGCAGUUCUUAUAAGGCCCAAAAAGAAACUGCUCUCAACAGGAAAUGUUCAACCCUGGAAUCCGGGCUCUUGCAAAAAGUCUGUGCCCCAUUCUAGGAGAACGAGGGUGUCGAUGCGGUUGACCUACAGAGGAACCCACUCACCUCAGACGUCCCUGAACACGACGGCUCAGGACAGCGUCUGCCUCCCCAAUACCUCCAGAAAGACUCACAGGAAGUGGUCUUGGGAUCUGGACCGGGCACUUAAGGCCGGUGUGAAGCAGCACGGCGAGGGGAGGUGGUCACGCAUCCUGCUGGGACACGACUUCCAGGGGCGCACCGGGGUCCAGCUCAAAGACCGCUGGAGAACCCUGAAGAGGACCGGCCAGGUCGACGCCGACUAGCUAGCUGAGCAUGUCUCCUAAAUGAUAGGGCACUGCGUCCCACCAGGUCAUUAUGGGAUCUUUGUACAGGGAUUGGGGAACCCUUUGGAACUCACACUUUGGUGUCUGGCUGGAGCUGUGUCUGUCGGCCAGCCCGCUCGUCAUAUUGUGGGGACAUUUGGGAUCUUGUUGUGAUGUUGCAUGGUAUGUCCACUAAGUUUUAGUGACUUGUCUUAAAUGUGUCGUUUGGUUUGUUUUUCAUGGAGUUUGAAAGUAAUCAGUGUUCUGUAAUGUUUUGAACUGCUUGGCUGCCUGUGGUUUGGUUCCAUCUUGGUCUUUGUUCAAUGAAGGGUUGUAAAACCGUCUGUAAUCAGCAGGGGGCAGU